GAAACGCUGCGUUGGUAUUCAUUCAUUCAGUUAGGCUAAGAAAGUCGCGCGAAUGGAUACGCAUCUCAUGGCUACUACUACACGACUCAGAUGCCUCCACGCGACGACGACGUCGUCCUCCGCCGUUCCCACCGCAUUCCGUUCGCUGGCGAUACACCAGCUCUCUUUCAGACGCUCACGUUUGCUUUCCUUCAGAUCGGCGACUAUGAACACGCGCGUGAGACGGUCCCGCUUCCCCCUUACUCGAAAAACCACUUCUCCGACGAGACGUGGCUUGUUCUCCGUCAGAGCUUCGACGGAGAAUAAUUCAAUUGUUCCUUCCAAUCGGAAACUAAUAGUGGUUAACUCCGUCGUAAUCGUAGCCUUAGCUGUAGCGAAUCGCGUGCUCUACAAACUCGCAUUGGUUCCGAUGAAGCAGUACCCUUUCUUACUAUCUCAGCUCAUGACUUUCGGUUACGUCUUGAUUUACUUCACGAUCCUGUACUCGAGGCGCCGUCUAGGCAUUGUGACAGACGAGAUGUUGAGUGUACCCAAAUGGAGAUUUGCUAUCAUUGGUUUUCUUGAAGCUCUUGGAGUUGCCACUGGCAUGGCUGCAGCAGCCAUGCUCCCUGGACCAGUUAUACCGGUUUUGAAUCAGUCAUUUCUGGUGUGGCAGCUGCUUUUUGCUAUUUUUAUUUUAGGCAGGAGGUUUUUGCUUAAGCAGGUUUUUGGUUGCUUGCUUGUGGCUGUGGGCGUUGUGGUGGCUGUUUCAAGUGGAUCUGGUGCAGAUCAAACGCUAUCUGGAAUCGGUUUGCUAUGGCCUGCUGUAAUGAUAGUAUCUUCUGCUUUUCAAGCUGGUGCAUCUAUCAUAAAGGAAUUUGUUUUCAAUGAUGCUGCAAAGCGUCUUGAGGGGAAGUCACUGGAUAUAUUUGUGGUAAACUCAUUUGGAUCUGGAUUUCAGGCUCUUUUUGUGUUUCUGUUGUUGCCUUUACUCUCGAACUUGAAAGGUAUUCCAUUUGGCAGCCUCCUUUCGUAUAUAAAAGAUGGUGCCGGCUGCUUCUUCAACACUGGAGCUAAGAUUGCUGGCUGUGAUGGUGCCCCUAUACUCCCACUGCUGUAUAUAGCCACCAAUCUCGCUUUCAACAUCUCAGUGCUCCAUCUGGUGAAAAUAUCUUCAGCAAUCGUUUCCUCUCUCGCUGUGGUGCUCUCAGUGCCAUUAUCGGUGUACAUAAUGUCAAAACCAUUGCCGUAUCUUCCUGGGGGGACAAGCUUGAGCUCAAAUUUCAUGGUGGGGAGUAUAGUUCUGGUUCUUGGUCUUCUUCUAUACAACAUUCCCACCACUCCAACUAAGCAAGACACUAAGACCUCCUAGCUCACACACACACACACUCUCUCUACUUUGGUUUAAUCUCUUGGAAAACUGAUACCAAUAUAAUUGUUUCCCAAAGAUCAUAGAAUUAUUUGGGUGUAUGUUUUGCAAGUGUAGACUUGGUAUAUAUUCGAAAUUCCACUGACUGGUCAUAUUAAAACAGUGAAGUUUUGAACGAUUCA